AUGGUGAACAUUACGGAAAAAAUCAAAGAGUAUGGUCCUUAUUAUGAACAAUUAAAACUCGCCCGUCUACGAGCUCAACUACUCGAGCCAGUAGGUGGUGCAGGCUCCGGUGGCGGUGCCGGAUUUGAUGUUAGCAAGAGCGGUGAUGCUCGCGUGGCGCUUGUUGGUUUCCCAUCUGUCGGAAAGUCCACUUUCCUAUCCAAGAUCACCAAGACCAAGAGUGAAGCUGCAUCUUACUCCUUCACCACACUUACUGCCAUCCCCGGUGUGCUGGAGUAUGGCGGUGCCGAGAUCCAGAUCUUGGAUUUGCCCGGUAUUAUCGAGGGUGCAUCCGAGGGCAAGGGUCGUGGACGACAGGUCAUUUCGGCCGCUAAAACUAGUGACUUGAUCCUGAUGGUUCUGGAUGCUACUAAGCGGGCUGAGCAGCGUGCGCUCCUCGAGGCAGAAUUAGAUUCUAAGGCUGGUGGUUUGAAGAUCACCUUCGCGACACCACCUAAGAUCCUGGAUGAGAAGAUCAUCUUCAACGUUCUACGUGACUACAAGAUCCUCAACGGUGAGGUCUUGGUGCGAGAUGAAUAUGGACCUCGGGACAGCCACAAUCGACGACUUCAUCGAUGUUAUUAUGAAGGAUCACCGCAAAUAUAUCCGCUGGUAAAUUCGACAGCUUAUGUUCUAUCGAGAGUUAGUACUAACAUCGUUGGUAGCUUGUACGUUUACAACAAGAUCGACAGCGUUAGUCUUGAGUUCCUUGACCAGCUUGCCCGUGAGCCACACACAGCCGUCAUGAGCUGUGAGCUCGAUCUCGGUGUACAGCAAGUUGUUGAGCGAAUCUGGAAGGAGUUGAGGCUCAUGCGUUUAUACACCAAGCGCAAGGGAGUCGAUCCCGAUUUCAGUGAGGCGCUGAUUGUGCGUCAAGAUUCCAGUAUUGAGGACGUGUGUGACCAAAUCCAUCGCACACUCAAGGAAACGUUCAAGUAUGCCCUAGUAUGGGGUGCCAGUGCACGACAUGUGCCGCAGCGCGUGGGAUUGGCGCAUAUGGUUGCAGAUGAAGAUGUGGUAUCGAUAGUUGCCAAAUAA